ACAUAAUAUUUCAUCCUUACCAAACACACCCUAACUAACAAAGAGCAACUCAAAAUCAAAACCCUCGUUAACCCCACCUCUGCCCACUCUCUCCAACUCAAAAAUGUUGAUCCGACGCAUACAAUCCCUCCACCAUUUCCGUUUCUUGAGCAACACCGCCGCCGCCGCCAUUGUUCCACCAGACCUAGAACAACAUUACCCUAAACCCGACCCCAAAUACGAUGAAACUAUUCAUGCAGUUGUUCGUGUCGCUUCGGGCAAGAACAUCUCUGCUAAAGAGAGGAAAGCUGGAAGGGUACCUAGUAUUGUGUUUGAACAAGAGGAUGGUCAACAUGGUGGUAAUAAAAGGCUCAUAUCUGUAAAGUCUAAUCAGAUUAGGAAACUUGUUACUCAUCUUGGCAGGUCUCAUUUCUUGUCUAGGUUGUUUGAUCUUGAAGUUAGACCUCAUUUUGAAUCGACUGAUGUUAUUGAGAAGGUUCGGGUUUUGCCCAGAAAGGUUCAUCUGGAAUCUGGUUCAGAUGCACCUCUUAAUGUUACCUUUAUAAGAGCUCCACCAAGUGCUUUAUUAAAGGUUGAAGUUCCUCUUGUAUUUAUAGGAGAGGAUGUGUCCCCCGGUUUGAAGAAAGGGUCAUAUUUGAACAUCAUCAAGAGAACGGUAAAGUUUCUAUGCCCAGCGGAUGUCAUCCCUCCCUACAUUGAGGUCGACUUAAGCGAGUUGGAUGUUAACCAAAAGUUGUUAAUGGGUGAUCUGAGGGUUCAUCCAGCUUUGAAGCUUAUCCAACCAAAGGAUCAUCCUGUUGUCAAGAUUGCGGGAGCAAGAGUUUCUGAUCAAAAGAAAUCUAAAUGAUUUUUACUGAAGCACUUGUCUGAAAUUUCAUCAUGCUUAUUAUGAAAAGGAGGAUUCCACAGUUUGGGACAUUGGCAUUGGUAGCUGAUGUAAUUUACCGCAUGAUCUUGUUCAUUUGUGCUAAGUUAAAAUAGGUUGAGUAGUUGAUUAGUAUCUCAGUUUUGGAAUCAGUAACUGAAUUGUAUAUCAAAUUGCUAAUGCCCCAAUAAUUUUUGCUCUACUGGGCUGUGUAAUGUCAAGUCAUGACGACGUUUUCUGCGCAUUUGCAGAACAUCUUAUCAAUGUGCUGUCCUAUUCUUUUUCUUCUA